AUGCUUCAACUUGCAACUAAAUCUAUCUUGACCAGACGUGUAAUCAUAGGCUCGGCUGGUGUCGCCCUCAUGGCUUCCCAAAUGUUUUUCACUGGUGGGUGGUUCAACCAAAAGACCAUUUAUCCACCUACUGAUAUUACCACUCAAAAUAGAUUAUUCCCAACCUAUAUCAACAGUCAGAAUGAAUUGCAUGAUUUACUUCUUUUCAAAGAACCUCUCGUGUUGAACUUUACAUAUAUGGCUGAUCCAAAGUCUAAUAAGCUCACCCAAGCCUUGUAUAACAUUCUUGGAUAUAAGGAAAGAUACCCUUUAAAUUCCAAUACAAAUCCAGUUAACUUGGCCAGUAUUUCAUGUGACACUCCAGGUGGAAGAGACUUGAUGCUAACAUAUGGGGUCAACAAGGUUCCAUCGUUGGUUGCCUUACAUAAACAAAUCCCAACUGCAAGAUACGUUUCAAAAUCAGAUGAAAUCGAUGAGAAGGACUUGAGUUCUUGGAUUGCUGGUGUUGGCAAAUAG